AGCAUAAAAUAUGUCUUAUCGUCCACUUUUUGGUAAAUUAAUGGAGACCACCAAGCUCCGUCAGUUGUUGACAAGCCAGCAUCCGCAGCUUAUGCGCGCACGUCUACAACACAGUAUCAAGCCCCGUACGCCUUUGAACAACCCAUCGCUUUUCAGUCCGACCAUUAUUAAACGCUACUGGGAGCUGACUCCACUGUUUGUUAUUGUUGGUGGCGCAGUUUUGGGCCUAUUCUAUGCUAUCGUUCGAAAUGGUCUUUCACGUGACGAUGUGCGGUUCUAUUCCAGUGGCAAAAUGAAUUGCGAGGACAUUGAAAAAUCUGGGCCUAGAAAAUUCUUAGUUUUCAAUCAAAAGUACAAAGUGCCUGAGGGUUUGAAGGAAGCGCUGGCUGCUAUUGAAGAACCAACAGAAGAGGAAAAAAUUGCAGCCACUAAGAAGUCUAAGUAAAAAAGAAUUAUUUUGAGAACAAAUAAGGCGGUUUGUUAAUGUAUUGUUUUGGAAAAGAGUAGUUAAAGUUAAAAGAAAAGUUAUGGAUGGAUUAGGACUAAAGAACAAAUGCUUAUUUAAGCUGGUUAAGUAUUGCAUAUUUAAAAAAUUAUUGUGUCCAAUAGUUGUUUUAAAAAAGAGUUUAUUGCUUAAAAAUAGCAGCUCUUUGUAAAAAUGCUAUUUAUUUAUUACAUAAUUUAUUAUUAUUAUUUUUUAAAUGUGUUUAAAAAAAUGUAUACUUCUGGGAUGCAGACUUUCCAAAAAUCUACUACAUAUUUACAGAAAAUGUGUGGUAAAUUUUCACUGUGUCAACGCCUUUUAGCUUUAUUUAUUUUUUAAAUAAUUUACAUAAGUUUCUUGUUUUCUGAGAA